GAAUGUGUGGCGCAGUGCGCAGCAACCAGUAGUGGAUUCAUUUGGUGGCAUUUCUCGUGCCGCCGCCUGAAGUUUGUGGCUUUGCCUUUUGACAACGCUGUUUGUCGUCCACCGUUAUGUGCACCGAACAAGAGCCCGAAUUACGUCUCAGGCGACAGCAGGCGUACAGGGCAGCAGCAGCGGCAGCCGUGCUUGGAUGGAGGUAGUGCUUGGCUCGAGCGGCGAGUACUGCCUGGCACAGCACAAAUAAGGGGACUGGCGGCCCUCUGCCUAUGUGCUGUGUGCCCUAUGGGGUAAGCGGUCUGGCUGACUGUGCAGUGCUGCGCCGCUGUGCCAUGUCCGCACCAGCCAUGAGGCACAAGGCGGCAGCCAUGCGGCCGGGACCUUCCGAGAUCGACUUCAAGAACAUGCGCUUUCUCAUCACGGACCGCCCCACUGACGCCACCGUGCCAGCCUUCCUGGAGGAAUUCAAGAAAAGGAAUGUCAAGGAUGUUGUCAGGGUAUGCGAAGCCACUUAUCAGAAGGAUUUGCUUGAGAAGGAAGGCAUUAACGUGUGGGACUGGCAGUUUGAUGAUGGGUCCCCACCCCCAGCACGUAUUGUGGAGGAGUGGUUCCAGUUGCUCAGGAAACGCUUCAAGGAGGACCCGGACUGCUGCAUAGCUGUACACUGCGUUGCCGGCCUGGGCAGGGCACCUGUAUUGGUUGCAUUAGCACUUAUUGAAUUAGGUAUGACUUACGAGGAUGCUGUGGAGCUCAUAAGGCAGAAGCGACGGGGAGCCAUCAAUGCCAAGCAGCUCUCCUAUUUGGAGAAGUACCGUCCCAAGUCGCGGCUGAGGCUGCGCAAUGGGCACCGGCAGUGCACCAUACAGUGAAGGCUUCCCUCUCUUCCUGAUCUACCUUUAUUUUAUUUUUUCUGUGUUUGCGACCGCCUGACCUCUUAGAUCCUGGCAGUUUAUUCUAGCGCUUUCCUUCCGACUCUGGGCACUUGGCUUCUUGAUGCGGCGGCACCAUAGUGUUCAAACCCCCUCUGGAAGUUGGAGGGGCAGCAAGCGACUUUGCCCUGUCGCUGCACAUUCAGCCAGUGUUUCUCAGAGCACUCCUUGGUUGACUUCUUGGAUGGCAUUGCUUCUUUUUUCCUUUCACGUCCACCCCUCCCACCACUGUUCCAUCUCCUUCUGAUAGCUCAGUUCUUAAACUUGUGGCAGCAAAUUUUUGUCCAUUUGUGAGUGGCCAAGUGACAGGAACCGGGGAGUGUCUUCUGCGGAAGCGUUAGUUGAGGUGGUCGAUGCGGGGGUGCAUGUGUUCGGACUGUUUUGCAAAGUAGUGGCGGUCGUUUAGAGUCUUUCGUUUGUGCACCACUCUGCUGAUCUUCCCACAUCCUCGUUGUGUUAUGUAAAAAAAAAACUCCUCUCUCUUCCCCAUCUCACCCUGAACAUGUCAAAGUUUAGAGCCAGUGUGCCCAGAGCUUUUACCAGAGUUUUUGUCGCUCGUCAUCAAUUUAUCUGCACCUUUGUUCAUUUUUUUCUUCCUCAUCAUUGCAUGAUUUCUAUUGCAUUAGAGAGGAAUCCUUUCAGAGCUGUGCCUGGAGCUGAUCUUGGGAUCCCUUUUUUCUUCCUCUUCCUAGUCUUUUUAAUUUAGGCGAGUUUCUUUGCAAUAUGCUUUCUCCUGGCGGCUGCAAAGACAUGAGCAAUGAGUUUACAUAUAUACACCCCUUUUACUCCACAAUGCACGAGCCCAAGUUGAAGGAACAAAGGAGGUGUAUUUAGCCAGCCGUCGUUGUUCUCUUAUCCUUGUUUUCUCGAAGCAAAACUCUGGCAUAGUGGUGUUGCAAGUGGCAGGUGAGCAUAACGAUUUGGCCUGACUAUCAACAAAAACUGUUUUAGCUCCAAGAAUCAUAGUUUGCUAUUCAAAUUGGCGUUCUUGAGCACCUUUUGUUCACAUUUAAUGCUCGUGGAAAAUGUCUUUUUUUUUUAAUGAUGCGCCAUUCGUUAUUUAUUCUGUCGAGAAACAUUGCUCGGAAGCUCUACCACGUGACACAGAAAAUGCCGUUGAUGUUGCUCCUCAUCGUUAUUUUGCCAUUCUCUGUGACUUCGUCGUGUUUAGUUAGCUCAAUGCAAGUUUCACGUUUCCUCCUUUUUAAUUCGUGCCGACGUGACUACUCAGGUGUGCUGGCUAGUCGUGCGUGUAGGGAGGCCUGCCUGCCAUCGGAGAUGUGAAUGUGUUAAUGUAGCAGCAAAACGUCAUGUAAAAUAUGUUGUUUACAUAUCCAUUUGGAUUGUGCCCUUGUGAAAAGAAAUAACACUAACUCACAGUGUUUCAACAGCGAUUAUAAAGAUCUUUUCUGAUAA